CUCCGACGACAUUUCAAGAUCCAGAUCCAAUUGACCACCGACGAUAGCCUCAUUCGCCCAUCGCAGACCCCCUCCAAUUGCUGUCACAAUGGCCGGAGACUCGACACCAAGGGAAGCGACCCGCGAGGAGAUGCGGGAUGCGAAGCUCCCUCUCGCCUACCGCGACAGCUGCGCCCACCUCCUCAUCCCCCUUAACCGCUGCCGUGUCGACUCCUGGUACCUCCCGUGGAAGUGCAACGACGAGCGCCACAGCUACGAGAAGUGCCAGUACGACGAGUUCAAGAAGCGUGUCGCUAAGAUGAACGAGCUCCGCGCGGAGAAGGGUACGAGAAGCAACUAAAGAAGGGAAGAAGCAUUUAUGCGACGACGAGGGGAGCCCGGAGGCGGCGCGACGUCUGUGUACAUAACCCGUUAUUCGAGGACCGGGGCGAGGACUAGGGCAAACUAGAAAAAAAAGCACAAGGGGGGGGGGGAGCUGGUCUUGCCACGUGGGUCAUAGAUCGAGCCGAAUCUACGUCUUUGCGAUUUACAACCG